AGCAGUCGUUCCAACGUUGCGUCCUCCAUUUUCUUCAUCAACGGCAUCAUGUCUCACAGAAAGUUCAGCGCCCCUCGACACGGGUCGAUGGGGUUCUAUCCGAAGAAAAGAUCUCAGAGACAUCGCGGAAAGGUAAAGGCUUUUCCAAAAGAUGAUCCUAGCAAACCUGUACACUUGACUGCUUUUAUCGGUUAUAAAGCUGGUAUGACUCACGUUGUCAGGGAAGCUGAUCGUCCUGGGUCGAAGGUGAAUAAGAAGGAGAUUGUGGAGGCUGUUACUAUCCUCGAAACGCCACCGAUGAUUGUUGUUGGUCUUGUUGGAUACAUUGAAACGCCACAUGGACUCAGAGCGCUUGCCACUGUCUGGGCAGAACAUUUAUCAGAAGAUUGCCGUAGGCGUUUCUACAAGAACUGGUAUAAGAGCAAGAAGAAGGCAUUUACGAAAGCGUCGAAGAAAUGGCAAGACGACCUCGGGCGCAAGUCCAUCGAAGCUGAUCUCAAGAAGAUCAAGAAGUAUUGCAGUGUCGUUCGCAUCAUCUCUCAUACUCAGAUGAAACUGCUGAGGCAGCGUCAAAAAAAAGCUCAUAUCAUGGAAAUCCAAUUGAACGGUGGCACCAUUGAAGAUAAGGUGCAAUGGGCGCGCGAACAUUUGGAGAAACCUGUGCCUAUUAGUAGCGUGUUCGCUGCUGAUGAAAUGAUCGACGUGAUUGGAGUUACCAAGGGAAAGGGCUACAAAGGCGUUACAUCCAGGUGGCACACGAAGAAAUUGCCGCGUAAGACCCACAAGGGUUUGAGAAAAGUUGCCUGUAUUGGUGCGUGGCAUCCCAGUCGCGUGUCCUUUACUGUCGCGCGUGCGGGUCAGAAAGGAUACCAUCAUCGCACUGAGAUGAACAAGAAGAUCUAUAGAAUCGGACAAGGCAUUCAUACUAAGGAUGGCAAGAUCGUGAAGAACAAUGCUUCGACGGAGUACGAUCUCACUGACAAGAGCAUUACACCUAUGGGUGGCUUUCCGCAUUACGGUGAAGUUAAUAAUGACUUCAUUAUGAUCAAGGGAUGCUGCAUGGGUCCGAAGAAGCGCGUGAUUACGCUGAGGAAGUCUUUAUUGGUGCACACCAAGAGAUCAGCGUUGGAGAAGAUCAACCUUAAGUUCAUUGAUACUAGCUCCAAAUUCGGACACGGUCGUUUCCAGACCGCUGUCGAUAAAGCCUCCUUCAUGGGACAACUCAAGAAGGAUCGUCUACGUGAGGAAGAAGCGCGUACCGUCGGUGUACCAACCGCCCCGCCGGCGCAGUAAAAUUGUUCUACUGAGCACGAUUUACGAGAAGAAGAAAAAUAUAGAUUUUUCGAGAAUCUUACAAA